AUGGGAAGGUCCUCAAAGAAAACCAUAUCACCUGGCGAUUGUGGUAACUACAGCGGGAUCAGCUUGACCCCGGUUGUAACGAGACUGUUGGCGUCAAUUGUGCUUCGUCGCCUUACGGUGGCUCGUGAGAUACUGACCCGAGAGCAGCAAGCGGGAUUCCGGCCUGGCCCAGCACUUAGGACCGAUGACUCCGUUUGUCAUGCAUCGGCUCUGCGCACAACAUAUGCUCGUCACAUGGCGCCGACAUCCCCAGGUAUCCCCGAAUCGAUCUUUAAGCCUCGGCACCCAGUCUAUCUGGCUGCAUUCCACGUCUGCACUCUGAAGCAAGCGGGACAACAAGCUGCUCUUGCACUCACACUGGACUCGCUUGGCAUUGAUGUGUGCUGUGCCUCAGAAACGAGAAUUCAAAAUACAAGCAGUGAUUGA